AUGCAAUGUCGAUCUGCAGUUCGUGGCAUCCAAAUUAUUUCAUUUUUGUUCGCUUUUAUCACAGUAUUUGUAUCAGCCGAAAUAAGUAUCCAAUAUCCUUCAAAACUUUAUUACUUGGUAGCGGGACAACAAAAUGAUGUUCUUUGGAAAUGGGAAGCAGGCGAUGCUGCAACAUUUUCGAUCUAUUUAAGUAAUCCGGCAAUUGCUGAUUUAAAAAAUUUGGCACUUGCAAAUAAUGUUGGAACAAAUCUCAAUAAAACUAGUGUUAAUUUGCCUGAAAGUCUUGCCAAUACUGGGUUUCAAAUAUUUUUUACAGAUAUAGGAAAUAUUACAAAAGUUUAUGCAACCUCGGAAGUUUUUGAAAUAAAACCUCAUGGUACUGAACCAAUAGCAUAUGUUGCUCCAACUCCAACUCCUCCUCCUUCAGAUAGUCCAAAUUCUAAAGGUGGUGGUGAUGCUUCCAAACAAAAUUCAUCAAAUUCUAUUCAUGAUUGUGGAUUUGAUAAUAAUAUUAAUGAUAAUUUAAGAAUUAGUUUAAUGAAUUGA